AAGAAAAUCAUGGGAAAUUUCUCCCAUUUAGUUUCCUUUGUUCUGUACUUUUGACUUGGAAGUGAUGGGACACAUUUCAAAAGCUAUAUAAAGCCUUUAUUCUUUAUGGGGAAAGAUACAAUUCCCCAUAAAUAUUCAUCUAUUUGUGAUGGAGUUUCGGGACUUGAGAAGCUUUCAGGAGCUGAAAGUUAUUUACAAGGAGCAAGAAGAAAGGGUGUGUCACCAUGAUAGCAAAGUCCAGAAUUUGGUUAUUGGGUACCUCAUUUUUGGACGAUUGCUCAUCUUUGUCACCAUGUUACGUCGAGCUCAAUAUCAACUAGAUAUAAUCCGGGAGGAACUAAUCGAAAUUUGCCAACGGAUUUUGGAAACUCAAAACCAAAAGGAACUCGUGGAUCUAACUCAACUCACGAUGGAGGCUGGAGAAUCUAAUGAUGGAUUUGAUUAUAACUUUGGUUUUCAUAAGAAGAUGCUCAUGCUUGAUCAUUCUAGUAUUGUCCGGAGGAAAGUUCAUAUGUACUUCACUGUUUCUGUUUUGCUUGUUGUUAUUGUUAUUGAGCUAUAUGUUUCUAAGUACUUGGUGUGCAACUGAAAUGGAUAUCGUUUUGGCCCCUUGUUGGUGGAGUCGUAGGUAGAAUUUUGCUUUCACAAGUGCUUUGAGAGGAAAUGAGAGGAAAUGAGAGGAUUCGAGUUUAAUGGGCCAAAAAAUGAAUUAAGUUUUCUCUAUGUAAUUAACAACAAAAUGGCUUUUUUCGUAUCUUUUUUUAUCAUAAAUUUGUAUGGUUCCCUUGAUUGGUUCA